AUCAUUGAGCUACGGCACAGGUAAGCAAGCAGCAAUGAGUGAUUCCCUUCCCCUGCCCACACUUUCGCACAGGGCUGCAUGCACGCGCACAUGCUGGCCCCGAUCGACGCUUUUGGGUUCCGUUAGGCGGUGCAAGCUUCGCUGGCCGAGUCCGCCCUCCCCCACCAACUCGGCGCCCAGGUACCCACCGGGCUAGCGUUCGUACCGGGUACUCGUACGUGCUGGUACGAUGCGCAGUGGUGGGCGUUGGUGCUAGAGGAAAUGGUGGACAGGGUCCAUGUGCCUGGUACAUGUACGGAUACGGCGCAAUACCUGGCAGCCCAUCCCUCUGAGCUCUAGCCCCGCCAGCAGCUAAAGCAGAGCAGCCCUCUCGCGGUCCCAGGUGUCACUGCACUCCUGAAAUCUGGCUCUCCCCCAUUGAAGUUGUUCUUUGCCGUCUCAAUCCUUCAAUUGCCCGGCUCUCUCUCUCUUCCUUUCUUCCUGCAAUCCAUCUGCCUCAUCUCCGACUUGUGUUGUGGUCUUUGCCUUGG